UAGUCCCGAAGGUGGGGCUUAGUGGUGAACGUCUGGGUUCAUGCGAGAUUUGGGGGACCCGGUGCCCCCCGGGAGGCGCUCACAGUAGUCCUGGGCCUUUCCACGGAGCUUCAGGCUCCGGGAGCGGCCGGGUGACAUAGAAAUAGGGGAGAAAAAAGACGCCAGGGAUGUAGCUCGGUGUAGAGCACUUGCCUAAUAUGCGUGAGGCCUUGGGUGACAUCGCCAGCACCACAAAAUAGUAGUAAUAACAACAACGAUAAUAAUUUUGAAUUUUGGGGUCGGGGUGGCAGCUGACCUGGAGGGCCACGGUGGUCCAGAGCUUUGCGCCUGUGAGUCCUCCAGGCAGUGGAGAACGCCCCUGAGGCGCAGCUAUCCUGCGGCAGCCUAAUGCGAGAUUUUAUGGGGUUUUGUCCAGUAGCUAAAAAGGGGCUCUAUUUUCAGACCAUCAGCUACGCCAGUAUCAGCUUUAUCAAUCGAGGCGCUGCACAGACUGGUGAUUUACCUUGUACUCUAAGUGUGGGUUAAUUUUCCUCAAGCAGAUAGCCUCCUUGAGGGUGGUGCUGGGUUGCCCCUUGUUUCAGCUUUUCACGAUGCACAUUUACCUCGUUUUUCUAAAAAGUGAAAGGAAAGUGACCGUGACACUUGUAGCGAUCAAAAGAUCUUUAGUGUGGCACUGUCUGAUUAACAGGGUAGGAAGAGAAAGAGCAGGGAAAAAGAGAGAGGAAGAGAACAAAGUGUUGGGGGGAGUGAGGUGGGAAAGCAAAGCGCAAAAGAGAAGAAAGAGGAAAGAGGGAGAAAGCGAGAGAAGAAAGAGAGAGCAAGAGAGGGGGGCCCAGCAGGAGUUUUUAUAGCCAAAUUAUAAUGGGGGUUUCUGGGUCUGUAAGCUGCCUUGUUGUCGUACAGUGAUUGGAUCAUACAGUAGUUGCUAAGGGUGUCAUCUUCUGCCUUCAGGUAGACGGGGCAGGGGUCAGACGUGGGUUUUCGUUGCACCAGACGGGUGGGGGUCGAAUGUUCAGCCUUGAGUGGGGUUGAGUGUUCAGACUUGACGCAAACAAACGAUAAGGAACCAGACAGACUUCUAGGGGAGAAGCUCAGAUUGCAGCUAAUGCUGAGUUGGAAUCUGAGGCAGAACCUUGGUCGGUGCUGCAACCUAAAGAUGGGACACCCAGCCCUGGCCACCUUUUCAAGUUUCUGUCUGAUGGGCGAGGUGGAGCCCCUAGGCUGCAGCCAGACUCCAGAGCUUUGCACUACAUGAAGAAGCUCUAUAAGAUGUAUGCUACGAAGGAGGGGAUUCCCAAAUCCACUAGAAGUCACCUAUACAACACCAUUCGGCUCUUCACUCCCAGUUCCCUGCACAAACAGGCUCUUGGACAACAGGUGACAGGAAUCUUUCCAUCAGUGGACCUGCUGUUUAAUCUGGAUCGUGUUACUGCCGUCGAACACUUACUCAAAUCUGUCUUGCUCUACACUUUCAAUAAUUCAGUUUCUCCUUCCUCUAUUGUUAAAUGUCGGUGCAACCUGGUGAUAAAAGAACCAAAGUCUUCUAACAAGACUCUCCCUAGAGCUCCUUACUCAUUGAUCUUUAAUUCACAGUUCAAAUUUAGAAAGAAUCGCAAGCAGAUUGAGAUUGAUGUAACCCCACUCCUCCAGCCUAUAGUGGUUUCCAGUGAGAGAAAUAUUCACAUGUCUGUCAAUUUUACAUGCACAAAAGACCAGCUGCAGCACCCUUCAGCUCAGGAUGGAUCCUUUACCAUGCCUCUUCUGCCCCCCUCACUGAUCUUAUAUCUGAAUGACACAAGUGCUCAGGCUUAUCACAGGUGGUAUUCCCUUCACCAUAAAAGGAAGUCUUCACAGGGUCCUGACCAGAAGAGUAAUGUGGCUGCCUAUCCCAUGGGAGAAGAGACUGUCAAGGGUGGGAGAUCCACCUGCCACCGGAGAGGUCGGGAAACCAUCACGUCUCAAUUGAAGAAGCCAAUGGUUCCAGCUUCCUUCAACCUGAGUGAAUACUUCAAACAGUUUUAUUUCCCCCAAAAUGAGUGUGAGCUCCAUGACUUUAGAAUUAGCUUUAAUCAGCUCAAAUGGGACAACUGGAUUGUGGCCCCUCACAGAUACAACCUUCGGUACUGUAAAGGAGAAUGUCCAAGGGCAGUUGGGCAUCGGUAUGGCUCUCCGGUUCACACCACGGUGCAGAACAUCAUCUAUGAGAAGCUCGACUCCUCAGUGCCAAGACCAUCAUGUGUACCUGCCAAAUACAGCCCCUUGAGUGUUUUGACCAUUGAGCCUGAUGGCUCAAUGGCUUACAAAGAGUAUGAAGAUAUGAUAGCUACCAAGUGCACCUGUCGUUAACUUAAGGUCCUCUAAAUGAAAACCUUGAGCCUAUUUAGCAAAGUAAGUGUUGUGUGCCUCUCUGCUCUCGGGAGAAGGCUUAUGUGUCACAUAACACAUUGUAGAAAUAGGAGCAUAUGCAUGUUAGCACUUUCUGGGGCGUCUGUCUGAAGGGAUAAGGUCAGUUGUUCCUACUUAGCCUUAAUUUCAACACUUAAACGUAAUUACUUUGGAGAGAUUUAAUUUUUUUCCCCUGAGCAUUUUUUUCCUUUUCACAAGUGUUUUGGUUUUGAUGGGAAAAUUCUAACUUAGCAUAAAUCUAAUGGAAUUGCAGCCACAGAUAUUCAGAGAGCUUUAGUAUUAUGAUAAUGGAAGAAUAAAUUCCUGUCAAUGGCAUAAAUUGUGUGUGUGUUAUUAAAUAAAUUAUGAUUGGGAGAGAGGAAGCAUGUUAAAAAGCUGA